AGAUUGCUAUGUAAUUUAUCUAAUAAUGAUUUGAUAUCCGAUUUUUAAUUAUCGAUUUGAUUACUUUAUACAUCUAAAAAAUAUUUGUAGAAUGCAAUAUCUGUUAUUGCAUUUGGCAUAUAUAUAUAAGCUGAUAUAAACAGCAUUGCUUAGCAUUUAGUUUUUACUAGGAAUAGUGUAAUAUAUAACGUAUUGAUGCAAUCACUGGAACGGAGCGCGAUGCGUUCUUCCAUAAUAUUGUUAUUGUUAUUCGCUUUCGGCACUUUAACUUUCGGCGAAUAUGUAGAGGAAGUCGACAAUUUAAAAAGAGGAAUAAUUAUUCCCAUAAAAAAUGGCGUUCUUGAAAUAAUCAUAAACAAUAAUAACAUGGUUCUCAAUCUUACGAAAAAUGAUGGCGAGACCAUGAUAAACAUUCUUCGUACAAAGACUCCACCGCAAACAUCGAGUCCCUUCGUGCUCGAGUCAAAUUGCGGUGGUACUGAUAGAUUUUGCGUAAAAAGUGGAGAUGUUUACCACACUACCAUUUCUGCUAGUAGAAAUCAUGAGAUCAUCAGAAUUGUUCGCGUGAUAAAUAAUCCCGCGGGUGAACUCAUUGAUUGUUAUCAGUUUACCGAAGGUACGCAAUGGUUCGGUGGUCCGCAGCAUCGCUAUCAGCACUGGCCUGUACAACACAUGUACUACGAAGAAGAACCAUAUUUGCCGACACAUCCUGAAAACAUGGCUCUAUCCGAGCGUUAUUGGCUAUCUAGCAAAGGAGUUUAUAUCUACGUGGACGAGACAAAUCCACUAUUUCUAGAUCAGAACAAUUACCGGGACAAUUCUAUAUGCUUGAUCGCAAAGAACAAGGCGCCCUAUCGACGUAAUAUCAUCCAGCUCAAUUAUGAGCUAGGUGUCUUUUUGAAUCCGAAAGAAGCUCAUCAGCACAUGGUGAAAACUCAUUUGGGUAAACCGAUAGGUCGUCCUGACGAGAGGAUGAUUCGACAUCCUAUAUGGUCUACCUGGGCUAAAUACAAGGCUAACAUAACUGAGAAAAUUGUGGAGUCUUACGCUGAUGAGAUUAUCGCUAAUAAAUUUCAAAACAGUCAAAUCGAAAUUGAUGACAAUUGGGAAACUUGUUAUGGAUCUGCCGUAUUUGAUCCGGUCAAGUUUCCUAAUGUCAGUGCUCUGGUACAGAGAUUGAAGAAGAAAGGCUUCCGUGUCACUUUAUGGAUACAUCCAUUCAUCAAUCAUGGCUGCGAACCUGCAUAUUCUGAUGCAUUAACCAGCUUGUAUUUCGUUAAAAAUCUUGACGGACGUGUUCAGAUGUCGUGGUGGAAAGGUGCAGAUUCUGCCACGAUUGAUUUCACAAAUCCGAAAGCGGUAAGCUGGUGGGUGGCGCGGUUGAAACGCCUGCAGAAUCUCGGUAUCGACAGCUUUAAAUUUGACGCCGGAGAAGUGUCCUGGUUACCGCAGAUACCGACGUUAUCUGGCUCACUUGAUAUGCAGCCCGGAAUAUUUACAAAAGAUUAUGUCCAAGCGCUAGCCGUUAAUUUUAACGACUAUAUCGAGGUGCGAGUAGGAUGGCGUAGUCAGGAAUUACCAAUAUUUGUUCGCAUGAUCGAUAAAGACUCCAGAUGGACGUGGAACAAUGGUCUGCCCACGUUAAUCACGACGCUGCUACAGAUGAAUCUCAACGGUUACGUCCACGUUCUACCGGACAUGAUCGGUGGUAAUGGCUAUGUGGACGGUGGCUCUAUAGACGAAACGGAAUAUCCGCCCAAAGAAAUCUUCAUCAGAUGGCUGCAAGCCAACGUUUUCAUGCCAUCGUUGCAAUAUUCCUUCGUACCAUGGGAUUUCGAUAAUGAAACUAUCGCUAUCUGCAAGAAAUAUACCGAUUUGCAUGCUAAGCAGACGCCAGAGAUUCUAAACGCCAUGCAGCAAGCUAUCACCAAAGGCACGCCUGUAAAUCCACCUAUCUGGUGGGUCGAUCCGACCAAUAAAGAAGCUCACAAAAUUAAUGACGAAUAUCUUCUUGGAGAAACUAUACUAGUUGCUCCGGUAAUUGAAGAAGGUGCUAUCAGUCGCGAUAUCUAUUUUCCCGCGGGAAUAUGGCUUGAUCUAAAUCGAGAAACGAUCAUCAGAGGACCGAAAUGGCUCAGAAACUAUCCUGCUCCUCUAGACACUCUUCCAUAUUUUUUAAAAUAUCAGUAAUGAUGUCAAAGACAAUUAAAAUUUUGU